UACGACAACUACAGACAUUAAUAAGCUGCACAAUGAAGAAAGUAUUCACAGCCGAGCAAAUUUCCAACUGGUUCACCUCCGGGGCCACAUUUGCCAACAUUAAGCUCACAGAAGACGUGGUCGAAAAGAAAUUGUCCGAGCCGUCGUCGAAAGAGACGAGCCCAGUAACGGUUCCUGAUGAAGACAGCCUGAAGAGUUUGAACAAGAAAAAAGAUCACCGACCACCAAUAAACUGCCAUGCUUUCAUUUCUGAAUCCUUAGGAAGCCCCCCUCCUCCACUUGCAAGCUACAAGUAUCCCAGCUUGCCCAUUACCAAAAACAGACAGGAGCUGAUUUCUCUGAUAGAAAACAACUCUGUCGUGAUUAUUCGAGGAGCCACAGGCAGUGGCAAGACCACCCAGCUGCCGCAGUACAUUCUGGACCACUACAAUGACAAAAAUGCCUCUUGCAACAUUGCGGUCACGCAACCACGCAGAAUUGGUGCCACCAGUAUUGCUCGAUGGGUCGCCAAUCAAAGAAAGUGUACCUAUGGUAGUCUGGUUGGAUAUCAGGUUGGACUGGAGAAGAUGGCUACUGAGCACACUCGACUAAUCUACAUGACAACAGGAGUGCUGCUGGAAAAACUGGUUACUGCCAAGACCCUCACAGAGUACUCUCAUAUUUUUAUUGAUGAGGUUCAUGAGCGCACUGAGGAAAUGGACUUUCUCUUGGUGGUUGUAAGGAAACUUCUUAACUCCAACUCUCGUUAUGUGAAGAUAAUCCUCAUGUCAGCCACCAUCAACUGCAGACAAUUUGCAGAGUACUUCAGCACCCCUGUUCGUGGAAAGAUGAAUCCCGCCUAUGUGUUUGAGGUUGAGGGAGCACCUUAUAGCAUUGAGGACUUUUACCUGGAUGGCCUUCAGGACUUCUGUCCCUUUAAUCUGGAUUCAGUACAUUUUGAUGAUCCCUAUAUCUCAGUUGAGAUGUACGACUUUGCCAUCUGCCUCAUUGAGAGCUUUGACAAGAUGGAGAGCCAGAAUACCAGUGAUGCAGAGAAAGAAGGCGACAUGAAUUUCCUAGAGAGAGGCAGUGUCCUUGUUUUCCUCCCGGGCAUACAUGAGAUAAGAUAUAUGCAGGAAGCCCUGGCCAAGCUGGUCCACAAGAGGUUGCAGGUUUAUGCCCUCCACUCCACUCUAACUAUGGAUGAGCAAUAUGGUGUAUUCCGGUCUCCUGUGCCUGGAUACAGGAAGGUCAUCCUUUCCACCAACAUUGCAGAAAGUUCCGUGACUGUGCCCGAUGUCAAAUAUGUUAUUGAUUUCUGCAUGGCCCGUCAGUUGGUUUGUGACAAAGAAACCAAUUAUCAGUCUUUGCGUCUCACAUGGGCAUCAAAGAACAACUGCAACCAACGUAGAGGAAGGGCAGGUAGAGUUUCCAAAGGCUACUGUUACCGUCUUGUCAGCAAAGCCUUCUGGAGGGAUGAAAUCCCAGACUACAUGAUCCCUGACAUGCUGGUUGCCCCCCUGUCCACCAUAUUGCUGAAGGUGAAGUUGUUGGAUAUGGGAGACCCUCUAUCUCUCCUUUCGACAGCUCCCUCACCACCAAACCUUGACCAGAUUGUUAAGACCGUGCUCCAACUGAAAGAGAUGGGGGCCCUGUCUGCUAAACAGGAUAGUAAAUGUCAAAAUGAAGAUGGUGAGCUGACGUUCCUGGGCCGAGUGUUGGCCCACUUACCCGUGGACCUUUACCUUGGCAAGAUGAUUGUCCUAGGCCAUGUCUUUGGUUGUCUAGAUGAGUGUCUCAUCAUAGCUGCAUGCAACUCUCUGAAGAGCUUCUUUGCCAUACCUUCAAUGCAGCAGCUUGCCGGUCACAGGAGCAAGCUGGCCUUUGCCCAAGGCAGUCAAAGUGAUUCCAUCGCAUUUGUCAACACCUUUAAGACAUGGCUCUCCUUCAAAAAGCAAGGACAGUUGAGAAACUUGAAGGAUGAACUGGACUGGGGAAAAGAGAACUUCAUUCAGAUCAAGAGGAUCCGAGAGGUUGCAGAGCUGUAUGAAGAUCUGAAAAAACGUGUGAAACAGUUCAACAUCUGUGUGACGGAAAACAGCCAGCCCUUAGACUACACCAGCAUGCACACACAGAAGUUAAUUCUUCAGAUGGUCAUUGCUGGUGCCUACUACCCCAACUACUUUGUACAAGGGGAGAUCGAUGAGGAUCUGGCUUCCAGAGAGUUGAGUGGCUUAAACCCGAGAACGACUGUGAUGGUGAGGAACCUCCCUCCCUACAGUUUUCUUUACUACAAGCAGCUGCAGUCUCUGUUUCGCCAAUGUGGACAGGUCAAAGCCAUUUCUUUUGAGAGCUCCAGAGCAUAUGUGGAAUUCUACAGGACAUCACAUGACUCCGCAACCCUGCCUGAGGUGUCGCUCGCCCUCCUCCUGGCCCAGCAGAAACCUGGCCUAGAGCUUUCAGUCUACCCCACAGAACAAAUCGAAAUAUAUGCCAGGAACAGACAAAUUACUCACAUGAAAUUUGCACGGGUGAAUGUUGACUUACUAAGUCAAUCAGUCUAUCCAGUGGGAGUGGUUAGUAGCACCCUUGACCCAGACAAACUGCCUCCAAACCUAAUUUUUGCGGUGAACGUCACAACGGUGGUGGACGUGGGUCAUUUCUGGGGAUUCCAGGCAGAUGAAGCCAGUUUGCAGAAGCAGCGCCAACUAACAGGAGAGAUCAAUAUGCGCACCCUGCAACCUGUGACUGUGUCGCUCUAUCCCAACCUUCUUUGCCUGGCGCCUUACUCUGAGGUAAACGAGCAGAGCCUCUACUACCGGGCCCAGAUCCAGCACAUACGUGGAAACACAGUGGAGGUGUUCUUCUUGGACUUUGGGAACACAGUGUCUGUCCAAUGCAACAGCCUGAGGGAGCUCCCAUCUGACCUCCAGUCUCACCCCUUCCAGGCUCAGGAGUUCCAAGUUAUUGAAAUGCGUCCAUCAGCUGAGUCCAUCAUCUGUGGCAACCAGUGGAGCAGCCGUGCCCGUCAUCAAUUCAUGGCACUGGUGAAAGGCCGCUCUGUCAUUGUUUCACUGUACUCUAUUCUCCACGAAGUGAUGCGUGUGCAGCUGCUCAUGAGUAGCGAUAAAAGCAUAGUCGACAUCUUUGUGGAAGAGGGUCACGCUGUCCAUGUUGAAGAGAGCUUUGAUUCCAAGCAAAACCAUGAGGUGCUGAUUUCUCUGUACAAAGACAUCAAAACAGGCAUGUACGUCCCCAAUGCUGCCAGCAGUUCCUGGAAGGAUCGCAAGAAAGAGGAGAAGGAGCUCAUUGACUGCCUCCUCUCCUACUUUUCCAAGCGCACCAACCCUUAUUCCAGGACAAAGGUUCGUCUGUAUGGACCAAGCAGUCCUCACAAAAUCCAAUUCCACUGCUUGUACAACAACACGUACAGCAAGACUGUGUCCAUAGAUCGAUACAGCAUCAACAGCAUGGCUCUGAACGAAAACCCUCACUACAAGCACCAGAGAAUGCUGGUGGCUGGGAGUGUGUUCAUCAGAUCAUCAGGUAACAACAUUGUUCCAAGAGACACCUCCAUCAUGCCAGACAUCCCUGGACUACCUGCAAUUGUUUCAAUGCUCUUCACCCCCAUCAUGGAGUUGCGCACUGAUGAAGAGAAGACUCACUUCACCGGAGUACUCUGUGGUUUGGGGUGGAACAAUGAAACACAAGAAGGCAUCCUGCCUGAACAUGACAUGGAAAUGGCCUUUGACGUUAAGUUUGAUGUUGAAGACAUCACUGAGAUAAAUGCUUUGCGAGUGGCUAUCAACCGCCUGGUGUGUGAAGGUCCGAGUGGCACCAUCCACUUGGGACCCGACAGGAUAGGCCAAUUUCAGGAGGACUGUCGUGAACGUCUCAUCAGAUUGUUCACCAAGUCACCUCCGAGGGAAUCUGUCACUCCAGUGCACUACGAAAAAGCAGGGAGGUGGAACCAGGUUGAGCCUUCACUCAAAAUGGACAGCACUGAGGUUGGAACUGGCAAAUCAAGAGGAGUUCUCUUUGAGCUACAUCCCCUCAUUCUCCUCAACAACUGAUAAGCUAUGCACUGCAUUUGCACUAUUUCCUCUCUUUAUAUUUUAAUUUACUUCAGGAGUUUACGAUUUAUUUUAACUUCCAGUGGGACUGUAGCUUUCAAAGGCAGUUUCU